UUGCUUUUACCGCUUUUACCAGUUGCCUUCAUGGCCUUCAUGUUUCGUUAAACACCAAUCACCUGUAGAUGAAUUCUGAAUUUGAAUCAUUAUUAAAUCAAGAAGAAAAUCAAGGGGAUAUCCCAUCUGGAAAUAGAAAAAGAAUGGAAGCCCGUUCUGAGCAUCAAAAAACUAAAAUGUAUAAUUCAAUAUAUUCCUUUACAACAUCCUUGGGUGUUGGAUUAAUAUCUUUAGUUUUGUUUUGGGUUCUUCAUAAUCGAGGAGGUUUUGCAUGGCAUUCAGAUAUUAAAAAACAAUUCAACUGGCAUCCGUUUUUAAUGAUUUUAGGAAUGGUAUUCUUAUAUUCUCAAUCUAUGUUAAUUUUUCGAACUGGUAGAGCCAUACAAAAGAAGAAACUGAAAAUUCUUCAUGCAAGUAUUCAUCUGUUAGCCUUUAUUUGCUCAGUAAUUGGUCUAAAGGCUGUUUUUGAUUCACACAAUCUGGAAGAACCACCAAUCGCUAAUUUGUAUACAAUGCAUUCUUGGAUAGGGCUUAUAACUGUAAUAUGCUUCUCAAUUCAGUUUUUAUCUGGCUUCAUAUCUUUUUUAUUUCCCGGAUUAUCAUCGACAAUAAGGAAAACUCUAUUACCAAUUCAUGUUCUUUUUGGAACAAACAUCUUUAUUAUGGCUUUAAUAAGUUUUUUAACUGGACUAACGGAAAAAGCAGUGUUUACAUUGGAAAAGACUUACUCUCAAUUUCCGUCUGAAGCUUUUGUUUUAAAUUUUAUUGCUCUAAUUGGAGUAUUUUAUGGCCUGUUAGUAUUGUAUUUGGUAAACGAAUCAACAUACAAGAGGUCUGCUUUAGAAGAAGAUGAGCUUGCUUUGACCAGGAACGAAUAAUAAGGUAUUCUAAACAUACCCAUACUAUUCUAAACUUAAUUCUAUACAUUAUCUCCAAUAUUAUCCCUUAGUAGAUGGACUAUAUUUUAUUGCGACUGUAUUUUGUGAUUAUAUAUCGGUAUUUAUUACUACACUCAAAUGCAAAAAAAAACGCAAUGAAAAAAUUUUUGGUUUGGUUUGGUUUGGUUGUGAG